AUGGAUAUACCAGAGGGUAAUGGAAACCCUCUGGGUAAUGGAAAUGGUCGAGCUAGGCAGACUCGACCGAUUGGGCUUGGAGAUGCACCAAACCGCCACCAGCAAAGAAGAGGGAUUGUCCCACCUCCUGUCCAGAACCACAAUUUCGAGAUCAAGCUGGGGAUGAUUACCUUAGUCCAGAACAAGAUGUUCCAUGGAUUGUCUUGUGAAGAUCCCAUUGAUCACUUGGAUGAGUUUGAUAGGCUGUGUGAUCUGACCAAGAUGAAUGGUGUCUCUGAAGAUGCCAUCAAGCUGAGACUCUUCCCUAUGUCUCUUGGUGACAAGGCCCAUCAAUGGGAGAAGAGUUUACCCCAUGGAUCAAUCACUACAUGGGAGGAUUGCAAGAAGGCAUUUCUUGCCAAGUUCUUCUCUACUGGUCGCACUGCUAAGCUGAGAAGCGAGAUAUCUGGUUUCACUCAAAGGAACAAUGAGACAUUUGCUGAAGCUUGGGAGAGAUUCAAGGGUUACACCAGUCAAUGCCCUCAUCAUGGCUUCAGCAAUGAGUCUUUGCUUUCCACACUUUACAGAGGAGUUUUGCCAAGAUACAAAGAGAUGUUGGACACAGCCAGUAAUGGAAACUUCCUCAAUCAAGAUGUAGAUGAUGGCUGGCAGCUUGUGGAGAACAUUGCUAACUCAAGUGGGAGCUAUGGAGAGGAGUAUGAUCGCACAAACAGGAGCUCGACCUCCAACUCGAUCGAGUCUGAUAGUAAGCUGAGAAACGAUGUCAAGGCACUCAAUGAGAAGUUGGAUACGCUUAUCUUAGCUCAAUCCACAAUGAAGAAGGCCAACUUUGUUUCUAAAGAAGAGAUGGUUCAAGGCCAAGAAGAGGAGGAGAAUCAGUUUGCUGAAGUGUGCUACAUUAAGAAUGGACAAGGAGGUUAUCAAAACGGUUACUAUGGCUACAAGUCACACCCUACCAUGUCCUACAGUAACACUGAUGUUGCCAAUCCUCAAGAUCAAGUCUACCCUCCGCAGCAACAGCUCCAGCGAGUCAGCCUCCACAGCAAGGAUAUGGUCAGAAAGGGAAUUUCCAGGGCCAUCAGGGAAAUUAUCAAGGACAACAGCAGAGUGUACCAACUGGGUAUGCACCUCAAGCGCCUCAGGCUUCACCAAGUCAGGAACAAGAAAUAA